AUGAGCUACUACGGCAGCUACUACGGAGGCCUGGGCUAUGGCUACGGAGGCUUCGGUGGCCUGGGCUAUGGCUAUGGAUGUGGAUGUGGCGGCUAUGGAUAUGGUUCUGGCUUUGGAGGCUACGGAUAUGGCUGCUACCGCCCAUCAUACUAUGGAGGAUAUGGAUUCUCUGGAUUCUAUUAAACUACUGCCCCAGCAACACAAUAUCUGAAAUUAUAAGAGGACUUUCCCAAAGCUGACUUCAAUCAUUGGACAACCAAGA